AUGGGGAAGCACUUUUGGAUUAGACAUGUUGAUGAUGAACUUGAAGAUAAGCAGCCGGGCUGCGUGGGGGGAUUAAUCCACGUCCUUGACUAUCAUCAUUGGCAUUCCAAUGGCCGAAAAUAUGAAGGACGAAGAAAGUCAAAAUUUUCUGCAGCUUAUGGACGUUCGAAAACUAAAUUCUUUGAAUCUGGUGAAGUAGAAAAGCUUUUAAACGACCAAGAGCGCAAAUUUGUUAGUGCUGAAGGGAAUUCCAAAGAAGAAGAGAAUGGACUGCAUAAAGCUGGUUUCUCUGUCCCAUCAAGGUUGCAGCGAACUUAUUCGAUUCACCAUCUGGAAUCCACAGAAGGCGGUCUUCAUAAAAUACUCACGGACUGGAAACGUCCUAUCAUUUUCCUUCCCGACAGUGGUACAACUGAGUCAUUGGAUACAUCAAAGAAGGCAGCUAACGAAAUGCGAGAAGUUUACAAUGAUCAAUCUAUGAACGGUACCGAAUCUGAUAGUCUUCUAGCCUCGAAUAAAACUGUAAAAUUGAGCAAAUCGAAAUCCUACCCCGCUGCUGAUUUGUUGCAAAGGAGAAAAUUUAAGCCUAGUAAACUCGAGCACAAGAAGAACGAAAUUUGGCCAUUCAGCGAAGGAGACAAAUUGCAAGCUUUUAGUCAAUCACCUCAGUUGGCUCAUUUAGAGAACGACAUUUUUCAAAGACGGAAUGAGACAAUUGCCAGCGGUACUGAUGAAUAUAACAUUAGGAAAAGUACGAGAAUUCACUACAGAAGUUCUUCACUAAAUGAAUCAGGGGAUAAAUACACUUCAUUGUUUGCAAGUAGUUAUGGCGCAGAAGUCAAGCUACAUCCCUCUAGGAGCUUAAAGUCGAUAAAUGAAUAUGGCCAUGCUCCAAUACACUACAGAAGGAUUCGCUCUCUAUCUCAGGUUGAUUAUUAUUAUUCUGAUCACAAAUCUGGAGUUCUGGGCAAUGAUUUCUCUGCAGAUGGCUCCAAUACGAAUGUAGAAGAAAGUAGUUCACGUGGUGAUGGAGAGAAUGAGCCACUUGAUGCAAAUGAGACAACCAAAGGCCAAGAAGAAUCAGUAAAUAAACAUUACUGUAAGCAAAGGAUAGAAGACGAAGCCAGCUUAAGAUUGAAAGUGAGGCAUGAGGAUAGUUCUGUGUUGGAUGGUAGUGCAGGGGAAAUAGAUGAGUUAACAGUGGGCGAAAGUGAUUCCCACGGGGAACAAGUGACCAACUUUCUAGAGAUCAUGCCUGAAAAGCUUCCAGAAGAACGUCACAUCUCAGAUUCUGAGACAUCCUUGCGAGAAAUGAUAUCUCACCCCGGAGAUUUUGAAAUUUCUGAAGGUUUGGAUAGUGAAAACGAUCAUUUCUACCAGAAGAAUUCUUCAGUUGAAUCUCAUGAUCAGAAGAGUUUCUAUAUGGACUCGUCCUCAUCUUUCAACAGCACGCUGAAUCUUGAGAAAAGUGGAUAUGCAGACACAAAUAACAAAUGCUUUGGACACGGUGAAUCUCAGAAAGAGACUGAUUCUGACUUAUAUUAUGUGAGACACAUUCUUGAGAAAUCAGGCAUCGUUGAAAAUGCCUUUGACAUAACAUGGCAUUCAUCUGAUGAGCCACUGAGCCCUGAACUGUUUGAGGAAGUCGAGGCUUACUGGAACCAUGAACAAUCUCAAUUAACCGGUUGGCCGGACUUCUACGGCUGUUGGCAUCAUCGACUGCUAUUUGAUCUGGUUAAUGAGGUGUUAAUACAGAUAUAUGACAGAUCAUCUCUCUAUUAUCCGAAGGCAUUGUCCUCUAGUUGUCAUAUUCGUCCAAUGCCAGUUGGAAACCGCUUUAUUGAGCAGGUGAGCACAAGCAUUGGCGCAUUGCUUAAUUUUAAGCCCAAGGAAAACCAGUCACUGGAUUCUAUAGUCACUUAUGAUUUGGCAAAUGAUUACAGCUGGAUGAACCUCCAAUUAGAAUCUGAGACUGUGGCACUUGAUUUGGAGGACAUGAUUUUCGACGAACUUCUUGAAGAGGUUAUGUGCACUUGA